UCACAGCGCGCCUCUGAAGCGGUGUAAUGAUCGACUCGCCACACUGUGACUUGGAAGCAGGCUCAGCCGCUCUGGCAGUCGCAGGGACCGACGCGUCUUGUUCGCAAAUCAUCUCUCCAUCCUAGUGUCUUCUAUCGAUUUCGGGUAGUAGACGUCUCGACAUGGGCAACGGUCCUUCAGCGCCGAAGAUCACCAAACAAGACCGUGCUAUCCUAGAUCUCAAGUUGCAGCGCGACAAAGUGAGACAAUAUCAGAAGAAGAUCCAAGAGGUCCUCAACAGGGAACAUGAUAUAGCGAAGCAGCAAUUAGCAGCGGGGAACAAGGACCGCGCCCUGCUGACACUCCGGAAACGCAAGUACCAGGAGGGAUUAUUGGCCAAGACAGACGCGCAGCUGGAGAACCUGGACAAGCUGGUGUCGACGAUCGAGUUCUCCUUGAUCGAGGUUUCCGUGCUGCACGGGUUGCAGCAAGGCAAUGAGGUCCUGAAGCAAAUUCACAAGGAGAUGAAUGUCGAGGCUGUGGAGAAGCUACUAGAGGAGACGGCUGAGGCACGAGAGUACCAACGGGAAAUCGACGAAAUGCUCUCGAAUACAUUGUCUGUCGAGGAAGAAGAGGCGGUACAGAGCGAGCUGCAGGCCUUGCGGGACGAAGUGCUGGCCCCGGAAGACGCAUCGCGUCGGGCCCAGGAACUGCCGUCUGUACCUGCCACAGCACCAGCAGCGCCAGAGCAAGAGCAGGAGCCAGAACCGGAGCGCCCCACAGAACGAGAGGAGAGGGAACGCGUGCCUGUUGCAGCAUAGUGCCGGUACCCUGCAGGACAUCAUCCAGUCUCUUAGAAGCACAUG